AUGCUCCGCCCGUUGCGGCGGCCCUGGACUUGCCACAAAUGUCUCCAACUGCAAUUCCGGGCAUUCGAAAGCGCUGCAUCUUCUGCUCCUCGAACGCCCUUCGAAUACGUCCCCGCAAACAAUAGCGCGCCGCAGAAGAAAUCCGACGAUGAAACUUUGCGCCGCGUGUUCGACUCCCAGCCAUUCUGGAGAGACUUCUCUCAGCGGACCGCGACAGCUCCCAAGCGCGCCGGAUUAGUCCAGAACCAAUACCUGACCAGUCCCGAUGGUUUUAGGGCAUUUGCCAGUGUGUCGCUUCAGAAAUGCCAGGCGGUCGUGGCCAAGGUGCUGCAGGCGUCAACACUGGAAGAAUACAGGGCAAUGGCCCGGAAUUUGGACCGGCUCAGCGACCUCCUGUGUCGCGUUAUCGAUCUGUCAGAUUUCAUUCGCACGAUUCACCCAGAUCCUCAGCUUCAGGAAGCAGCGACGCAGGCGUACGCUCUUAUGUUUGAAUAUAUGAACGUCCUUAAUACAACCACCGGGCUUCAUGACCAACUCAACACGGCCAUGGCCAAUCCCGAAGUAACAUCACAUUGGACCGAAGGGGAAAUGAUCGUGGCCCAGAUUUUGAUCAAGGACUUUUCCAACUCUGCGAUUCAUAUGCCGCCCGCGGAGAGACAGCGAUUCGUGAACCUUUCCAAUGACGUGAGCCAGAUUGGCUCCGACUUCAUGAAUGGCGCGGAGCCGGCCAGGUCCCAGGUUGUUUUUAGCGCCAACAAUCUUCAAGGCAUGGAUCCCCUUGUGGUCAGACAGAUCAAAAGAUGGAACAACAAAGCGCCAGUACCCACUAUGGGUAUCAUUCCUCGGCUUGCACUACGGUCUGUCCGUGAUGAAGCGGUGCGCAAGGAGGUCUAUCUUGCGACUCGGACAUCCAGCACACGUCAAAUACACCGGCUUGAGAGACUCUUGAUGAAGAGGGCCGAGCUCGCGCAACUUUCGGGCUACAGUAGUUUCGCCAACAUGGCCCUCAGCGACAAGAUGGCCAAGACUCCCGAAGCAGUCUCAAACUUUUUGACAUCGCUUGUGUCAAGCAACCAAGGACCUGUACGUGAAGAGCUAUUGCAACUUCAGCAGAUGAAAGGAAGCUCGUCGCUUCAGCCGUGGGACCACGCCUAUUAUGUGCACAAACGAGUCAUGGAGUAUUCGCAAUCUCGCCGGUCUCGGCAACUGAGUGCCAUUCCUGAGUUUUUUUCUCUCGGUACGGUUAUCCAAGGUCUCUCGCGGCUUUUUGAUCGUCUCUACGGUGUGCGUCUCGUCCCACAAGAAACAUCACUGGGCGAGACAUGGCAUCCGGACGUUCGUCGCCUGGAUGUGGUGGACGAAUCAGAACAGCACAUUGCAGUCGUUUACUGUGACCUUUUCACCCGGCCCAGUAAACACCCGAACCCAGCCCACUUUACGCUGCGCUGCUCUCGGGAGAUCUCGGCAGAAGAGAUCGCCGAGUGCGCGUCGAUGAACCAGUCUGCUCACCCGAAUGAUGGUAUGGCGACAGCGAUGGACCCGCACACGAAAACUCUGCGACAGUUGCCCACCAUUGCCCUCGUCUGUGACUUCCAGGAGCCUCGAGCGGAUGGCACAGACCGGCCCACUCUUCUGAGUGAGCACAGCGUGCGCACUCUGUUCCACGAAAUGGGCCAUGCCGUCCAUUCUAUCCUCGGGCAGACGCCUCUGCAGUCAAUCUCUGGGACUCGGUGUGCCACCGACUUUGCCGAACUCCCUUCAGUGCUGAUGGAAAGCUUUGCAACUGCGCCAGAGGUGCUUGCUCUAUACGCACGUCACUGGAAGACGGACGAGCCCCUGUCUCAUGAAAUGAUGUGUAGCAUGGCGCUGGACCGAACUGCACACGGUUCUAUCUAUGGGGCCGUGGAGAACGAGGCCCAGAUCCUGAUGGCUCUUGUCGACCAGGCCUACCACUCAAUCCCUGCCAACGCUCUGGCAAAUGGUAUUGAUACCACGGAUAUCUACCACCGAGUCUUCUCUCGACAUUCCAGUCUGCCGGACCCAGACGAUGUUCGGCCUCGCACCUCGUGGCAAGGCUUCUUCGGUCAUCUCUAUGGAUACGGUGCCACAUACUACAGCUACAUUUUCGACCGCGCCAUCGCCAACAAGCUUUGGCAGGACGUUUUUCAGUCUGGCAACGCAGCUGUUGAUCGCGCCGCCGGUGAGCGAUACAAGAAUGAAGUUCUCCGCUGGGGUGGUGGCCGAAAUGGCUGGCAAUGUGUUGCCGGUGUGCUGGGCAACGAUAACCCAUCGAAUGCAGACGGGCGUCUGGUCGAGGGAGGCGAUGAAGCCAUGCGCGAGGUUGGCCGCUGGGGCUUAGGCCGAGAUGGAGUGUCUGGAUGA